GCCUCCGGUGCGUUCCGGAGCAGUGUGACCUGACCCUAAGCGGUCGAUUCAAACUUACACAAACUAUUUUUUGGGGCUGUGAGGAGUACAGGGUUUGGCGGAUGGAGGCUGUGAACGGGGUGUCCGAAGGGGACAAGGGGGGGCCGCCGCCCCCCAGCCCCCUCACCGGGUGCUACCUCCUCAUCGUCAUCGGGGAACCGCAUUGCAACGAACACAAGGACAUCAUACUCCAGAGAGUAGCGAAAGGAUUACUGUCUUGGGACGUAAACGACUGCCUCGUCGAUCUAGAAAAGGAGUUAGCUAUAAUAACCGAACAGGCUCUCGAAGGAGAGGAAGCCAGAUAUGGCGAGCGCCUCAUCCAGUUUGCAUCAGAAAACUUGGUGACGGAAAUUCUGAUUCAUCCGGUGGUGAGCACGUUGGCGCAAUGCGUGAGAAACCUUCUAAGCAGCUUCACACGACAUCGCCAUAUUAUUCACGCCGGAUACACAUUUGCAAAUAACGGUUCUUGGGUAUUGCAGGACGGCACCUUUUCCUCCACAGACUUUUGGGAAGCUUUCCAAGAAAUCGAAGUCCUUCGAGUGAUACGAGCCUACGAGAACGGCAUCUCGUUAGACCUCCAUUGUGCACCAGAAGGCGACUGGACUCGUUUGCCUAAAGAGCCGUUCGCGAAAGGUUGCAAGGUUCGAGUGAAUCCCAAUGAUGUCCUGACGGCAGGAUCACCGUCUAUCAGCAGUUUUAUCAAUUAUUUAGAGCCGUUCCUCGUGUCGGCUGAGUUGGAUAGUAUCUUAGAAAGUUCGGAUGUUGUUGGGAAUAUUCGGUUUUCGAGACCCACGCUCUAUGUCUUUCCUGGAGGACAAGGAGAUGCUGCCUUGUUCGGAAUCAACGGCUUCAACAUGCUCUUAGAUGGCGGAUUUUCCCGGAAGGCGUGUUUUUGGGACUUCGUAAGACAUCUGGAUAGACUGGAUGCCGUUUUACUCACGAGACUGAAUAAUAGUAACGUUAAUGGAAUUAGUGCUGUUUUGCGAAGGAAAAGACAGAAUGCCCUGUACCCUCAAAUCGGCCACUUCUUUUGCAACAUACAGGAAAGAAAAGCCAUCCUUAGUCCAGACGGUGAUAAAGACAAAGAUCCUCUUCUAAUAAAUUUACUAGAGGAAGGUCAAGACAUAGUCUCAAACCUGCGGCACCUAAGCCUCAUUCCUCAGGUUUGUUAUCGUGAUUCCGAGCCCAUCAAUUUAUACCAUAAAGUAGGUCACGGUACUUUAGAUAUGUACGUUUUAAGUCCUGCCAAAGACUCAAAAGAAGUCAGAGAGUUCCUACAAAAGUGGAACAAUAAUGACCAAAAACUGUUUGCCAAUCUGAGAACUAACAAAGAGUUUGUUUUCCCCCUUCAAAAUCUCGUUUCGAUUUGUGCGCUUUUGGUAUGGCAACCUGCAAAUCCAGAAGACACAAUAACGAGGAUUUUAUUCCCGGGGAGUAGUCCACAGAAUAAAAUUUUUGAAGGUUUAGAUAAAAUUAAGAGCUUAGAGUUUAUCAAACAUCCAGUGUGUUCAGAAAAAUCUUUAGCGCCGACGACUAUCAUUAAGGCCAAACAAUCUGUAAUAGAAAGAAUUAUCCAACCGGAAAAGAAAAUACCCCUCGAUAACAAAAAAGAAAAAAUUCAUAAACCACCAGAAGUUAUAGACACCGAAAUGAAAAACGGUGAAAUCAAUGGUGUUCAGCCAACUGAAAAAGGAGUCCCUGUGAAAAAAUCAGAUUCCACGGAGAGCGAAAAGAGUAUCUCGAAACCUAAAAAAAUCAUCGAAAAUGGAGAAAAAAUCGACAAAUCGAAACCCAAACCUAGAUCAGAAUUUAGAAGCAAACCCCGGAGCGAAUCACAACAAAGAAAAGUCAAAACUGCUGAAAAGAAACCUUCCCCUACUACGCCAAAGAAGCAAGUUGACAAAAUCGAUGAACCGCAUAAACCUAAGCCUAAACCUUCUCCCACUUCCACUCCAGCGAAGAGCGCUAAAGAUGCAAAUAAUCGAAAAGUCGUAGAAUCGAAAAUUAAGGCGGCGCCUCUUAAGAAAGAACCACCUAAACCUAUUUCCGACAAGAAAGAAGUUAAAGUGGAACGUAAACCAAUUUCAAGGAGACCAAAAGAUAUUUCUAAACUCGCCGGAAGUCCUUCGAAAAAAGUCAACGGUGUUCAAAAACCCGACAGUAUAUCUAGAAGAGGCAAAUUAGACAAAGAAGGAACCACAGAUUCUAGUACCGUUAGUACUCCGUCCGCCGAACAGGACAGUAUUCUCAAGAAAGACAUAUCAAAAUUAACUUCUGAUGAAAUUCAAAAUAUGAAAGCACAGGAGCUAGCCGACUUAAAAGAGGAACAAGAAGCUGUUAAAGAAAUAGAAGCAGUCUUCCGAAAAGGAGAGCUUCAAGAAGAUAAACCGUCAGAUUUCCGAAAAGUCAAAGAUGUAUCUAUUGACGAUAAACUAGAAAGUGAAGAAUAUCUGAUUAUUGAAAAGACUGAAAUUCAACAAGACUUGGUUAACGAACCGAACAAAGAAGAAGAAACUCAGAAGAUUGCGCGCGAUAGUGAAGAAUCAGAAAAACAAAGAAAACUUAGCGAAGAAAAGGAAACUGCGGUUGAAGAAAAACGCAUGGAAAUCCAAGAUGAAGUCCAAAAAAUUAUAACUUCCGCCACUGAUAUUGUUAAGGCCAAAGAAGAAGUUGUCGAAGCUUCCAAAGAAGUAUCUGUGACAAGUCCUGAAGACAAAAUUGAUAAUUCUACAGAUAAAAAAGAUAUUGAAGAAAUAAAGGAGAUUGCUCAAGAGUCACAACCCGAUGAAAAAGGUUCAGCGAAUAUUGAAUCUGGUGCUACUACAACAGCACCGACUUUACCAGAAGAUGAAAGAAUGCCACUUGACGAAAUUAAAGAAGAUAACGGAGACCAAAUAAUCGAAGAAAAACAUGUUAAAGAAGAUACCAAAGAAAAAGAUGUACCAGUAAUACAGUUACCACCAAAGACUUUUGAAAAUAUUACGAAAUUACCUCCUGUAGUAGGAAUAAGAUUAGACAAACAGUCUCAUAUUAGAGACAUAGUAAAAACACCUGAUGAAGUUGCUGACUUACCAGUACAUGAAGAAGUCGAAUUUGACCAUUAUGAUGAGUACCCCAGUGCGACCGAAACCAAAUCAGAAUUGGAAGAGGUAAAAAAGGAAGAAGUAGAAAAAGGUGAUACGAAAGAAAAACUCGCAUAUGAAAAAGAGGAUAAAAAAAUAAAUGAAAAACAAGACUUAGGUGAUGUUCAAAAAGACAAGAUGGAGAAAGAAACCGUGAUAGAAAAAGAUGUCGUUGGUGAUACUAAAAAGACUGAUGUAGUUGUUAAGGAAGAACAAACCAGAACUGAGAUCAAGCAAGAAGCGAAGAUAUCCGAAGAAAAAGCAAUACAAAAGGAAGCCGUUGAACCAGAAGUUAAGACUGUGAUACCGGAAGACUUAAAUAAAAAAGAACUAUCCAAAUCACCAGACGAAGAAAAAGAUACAGACGAACAUGAAUUAGAACACAAAAAAGAAGAAAUUGCCGAGAUUAAAUCAUCUUCUCCAAUCAAAUUAGUAGAAGAAGAAAAGGAAGUCGUUAAAACUGAAGUCGAGCCAGUUAAAGAGGAAACAGUUCCCAAAAUAGAAAAGGAAUCUGUUGAAGAAAGUAAACCUAUUGCGAAAGAACAAGAAGUGGUUGAAGAAGAAAAAGAACCAAUUAAAGAACAAAAAGAACUUAUUAAAGAAGUAAAAGACUCCACCGUCAAAGAUGAAAAAGUAGAUAUACCAGAAAAAAUAACUGUUAAACCGGAAGAAGUUGUUAAAUUAGAACCAAAAGAUGACUCGAAAGUAUCUGAAAUCAAAGAACAUGAGAUACCUGCAGAAAAAGGAGCAAAACCACCAGAAGUUAAAGAUGGUGAAAAACUCAUACACGAAGAAGUACCGAAAACUGAUGAAUUUAAAAAAGACGUUAAAGUUGAAGAAGUUGAUAAACAAAAAGAAAGUCCAACACAAGAUCAAUCAAAAACAGAGGAGGUAAUAGAAAAAUCGGAAACCGAAGUCAAAGAAAAAGAUGACAUAAAGGAAAAGGAGGCAAAAGAUAUCAUACCAGAAGAAAAAGAUAAAAUCGAUGAUUUGAAACAACUACCAGAGGUCCCAAAAGAUGAAAUUAUAGUUACGGAUGGAUCAAAAAUUAGCGAACCUGCAGAUGAACUCAAACUUAAAGAAGAUGUAAGUGCAAUCCACGAGAUUGAAGAAAAACUACAAAAACUGAAAGAAGAAAUGCCGGAAGUCAAAGAAAUUACCGAAUCUGCAGUAAGCGAACCUUCUACAACUGAGGUGAAGAAGUAUGAAGAAGCUGCAGAACCCAAGAAAGAAGAAACACAGCUUAAAGAGGAUAUUACUACCAUUGAAAAAAUCGAUGAAAAACUACAAAAACUCAAAGACGAAGCUCGUGAAGAACAAGUUAAAGCCGUAAGUGAAGUUGUUACACACAAAACUGAAGAACCACAACACGCCGAACCGGUUGUCAUUACGACUGAUUCACUUCCUGAGUCUCCUGGUGUUGAAGAAAAAAGAAUAGAAGAAAAGAUUGAACUAGGACGAAAAUCGCCUAAAGAAAGGGAGGAAGAUGUAGCUAAAAUAGUCGCUAGUGUAGCUGAAGUUUUAAAAUCAGAUGCACCACUGGAAGAAUUUGAAGGAAAAAUUCCUUUCAAUAUACCGUAUAAGAGUUACACGACUGAACUAAGAGAAACUCACAUAACGACUGUAGAGUCUCCAGUAACGGAUGAAGCCAGAACUAUAAAGGCGAUUGAAGAAAUUGUUUGUCCAAAAGCUAGCAGUACUUAUUUUAUAGAAGAAGAAAGAAAAAUCGCUCCUAUUCAUGAAGAACAAGAAAUUCAAGAAAGUAAAAUUAGUAAGAUGAUUAAAGAUUCAAAUGAAUUAAUGCAAGCCACUUCGCGAAUGAUUCAAGAUAUUAAACACUCACAGCCCAAAGAUGAUAAAAUUGAUGAGGAACCUACUAAAGAAGAACAAGAAGGUGAUGGUGGGACUGUACAUAGAAUGUUAGUGACAGCUUCCAGUGAAGACGGUGGCGAAGAAACGGAAAUUUGUCCAGCAGGUACGAUUACAUUUUCAAGAAGUUCUGAAAGUUCGGGACGAUCUUCUCCUGAACUUCAGUCUCAAAAAUUAUCACAAAAAUCUUCAAUUGCUGAUACUUUUUCAGAAGCUACAGUUAUAACUAAAUCUCUAACUAAAGAUACACAAUCCAGUUUAGAAGAAACCAAAGUUAUCGAAGAUUCAGCAGAUGUUAAAGAAUCCCCAUUUGCAACUGACGAUGCUGUUAGUGAUAAAGAAAAAGUAGUUGAAGAAAUUGUGGAUAAAUCUGUAGUGGAUAAAUUAGCUGAAAGUAAAGAUACAGUAACAAUUAGUGACAAAGAGAAAAAAGAUGACGUUAAUAAACAAGUAGAAGAUACAAAAGAACUUGAGGAAAUCAUAAAAAAAGAUCUUGUUGAAGAUAUUGAAAAACAAGAAAUAAAAAAAGAUGUUACGGAACUAGACAAAGUGAGUGAAGCAACGAAAACUGCUGCGAGUGGAAAGGCUGAAAGUGAACAAUCAAAGAGUCCGGAAAUUAUUAAAGAAGAACUGGACACAAAGACAGAAACAGCUCUGUCGGAGGAAAAAGUUGAUGAAUCAAUCGAAUCCACUGUUGUAUCCGAUAAACUAAAAGAUGAGUUACCCGAAAAGAAGAAAGGUGACGAUGAUAGUAAAAAAGAUGACACCGAACGUGUGAAAAGCCCGGAAAAAUCCGAAAAAAUUGUCGAAAGCAAAGAUAUUUCUCCAGAUCUAAGUGAAAAGGCUGUGGAAACAGUAGAUAAAAAAGUAGAUAUAGUUGUGUCAUCAAAACAACUUGACGGGCCACAAGAGUUAACUUCUGUGACUGAAAAAAUUAAGGAGGAACCACUUAAGGAAAGUAUAGCUCCUAAAGAAGAAUUUGAUGAUAAAAAAUUGGAAACCACUGCAACAUUAGCGAGCAUCAAAGAAGUAGAACAAGCAACGAAAGAUGAUCUGGAAAAGGCCAUAACUGCAGAUAAAGAAGACAAAGAAACUAAAGAGGUUGUCGACAAAGUCGCUGCAGAUAAACCACAAACAGUUGACACUGUCAAAGAAACAGCUAAAAUAAUAACUACAAAACCAGAAGAGAUGGAAAUUACAAAAGAAGAAAGUAAAGAAAUUGAAGCAAAACCGGGAGAUGCAGUUGUUCAACCGACUGAAGAAAGUAAAGAAAUUGAACCAAAACCAGAAGAUACAGUUGUUCAACCGACUGAAGAAAGUAAAGAAAUUGAACCAAAACCAGAAGAUGCAGUUGUUCAACCGACUGAAGAAAUUAGAGAAGGGUCAAUUAAAACUGAAGAUACCUUAUUACAAAAAGAUGACGUGUUGACUGAGCAUAAGAAACCUGAAGGUGCUCAAUUUGUUGAAGAUCUCGUUGAGAAGAAAACUGUAGGUGAUAUAAAAGAAGAAAUAAAAGAUGUUAAAAAGACAUCAGACGAAAAGAAGGAAACUGAAAUAGCUGGGGUGAAGUCUUUGGAAGAUACAGAAAGUAAAAAAGAACAUGUUGAAGAUCUCACAAAAACCUUAACAAAAGAAGCAGAUACUGCGUUAGAAACUGUUAAAGAAACAAUAAAAAAGGUUGAAGUCGACGUUGAUAAAAAAGUUGGAGCAGUUGCGAAAGAAAUAGAGGAAAAACGUUCAUUUCUCGGUGGACUCGUCAAUGAUAUUGGUGAAAGUCUUUUACAUGAUACAUGCAAACUGAUAGAGAGCGCCCAGAAACAAGUGGAAGAGAUUAAAGAUAGUACAAAAUACAAAAUUGAAGAAUUAAAAGAAGAUAUAACAACUAAAAAAGAGGCAGUUGUAAAUGCUGUUGAAGAGUUUAAGGACACUGCUUUGAAGGAAACAUCUACUACUACUUCAGAAAUGACAGAUGCAAUUAAAGGUGUCGUUGAAACGUCUGAAACAAAAUUAAGUGAAUUGAAAGAAAUUGUGAAAGAAGACACAGAAAAAUUGUUGAAAUCGACAGAUCAAGUUAUGGAUUCUGUGAAGUCCAAAUCGGAUGAAAUAAAAGAGGUUGUAAUGAAAGAAAAAGAAGCUUCAUUAGAAACAUCAAAAGAGGUAAAGGAAAGUGUAACGAAGAAAAAAGAAAACUUACUUGAGACUGUAAAAGAUUUUGAAGAAACUUUAGUCAAUGAUGCUACAGCAACAACUGAAGAAGUUAAAGAGGAAGUAAGUACUGCUAAAAAAGUUUUAGACGAACAAAUUAAAGAUAUCAAGGAAACAUUAGCAACACAAAAGGAAACUGCAGCUGGGGUAAUUACUGAUAUUCAAGACUCAGUAUCCAAAGAUAUUGAAACAAAGAUCGACGACUUAAAAAAAGAAGUCACUGAAUCAAAAGAAAAAUCCAAAAUCGAAAUUGAAGAAGUAUGUCAGUUAAUUGCAGAAAAAGUGGAUGAAAAAGUUGCUGACCUGAAAAAGAGUAUGGACGAGAAAUCGGGAGAUACCAAAGAAGCAGUCGAUGGAAGUAAAAAGGUGUUAGAAGAAAUUAAGGACAAAAUAACUGAUACAGCUUCAACCGAAAUCAAAGAAAUCGAGAAAAAAGCAGAAGCUGUUUUAGAAGAAGUAAAAACCAAAGAAGAUAUUAUUGUAAAAGAUACCGUCGAAGAUGUUAAACAAGCUGAAGAUAAAUUUGAGGAGAAAAAAGAAAAACUGGCACAAAAAUUAGAACAUUUAAGUGAUGAUUUAACAAAAGCUGAAAUUAGCUUGAAUGAUAGUGUUGAAAGUACAGUAACUGAAAUAUCUUCACUUAAGAAGGAAGUAGCCGAAGCAGUCAAAGAAAGUGAUUCAGAUGUGUCUGAACGUAAGUAUGACUUAUUCAAUGGUUUAGAAAGUGUUGAGAAAAUGGUCGUUGAUGUUCUAACAGCUGAUCGAGAAGGAGUUUUGUCUAAACCUGAGUGUGAUGAAAAAGAUGAAAAGAAAAUUGUAUCUGGUGUGGCGCAUAAGGUCGAAAGUGAUGUUGAAAGUAUUGUUACUAAAAGUGUUGCUGAAGUUAAAGAGUUCGUUGAGGAAACUAAAGACGCGAUAACAGCGAUUUUCAAAGGUGACGGAAGCCAAGUAGAAGUCUUAGAAAAAUCAACACUUGAUACUGAGGAAAAAUAUAAAACUGUAUCUGAUAUGGCAAAAUCAGCAGUUGUUGAAAAAUGUGAUAAACCAUCGGAAGAAGAUCACAAGAGGCAAGAAAAACAACUAGAAGAGUCUGCACAAACUUUAGAAAAAGAAUACGAACGAGUCACAGAUAUGACAAAAUCAAUAGCAUUUGAGAAAUGUGAAAAACCUUUAAGUGAAGAACAAAAAGAAGAGAAAACUUUAGAAAAAUCAGCAAAAGAUAUAGAAGAAAAUUAUAAAGUGGUGUCAGAUAUGGCGAAAUCAACUGUGUUUGAGAAAUGCGAAAAACCAUUGACCGAAGUACAGAAAGAGGAAGCAGUUCUAGAGAAACAAGUGAAAGAUGUAGAAGAAAACUACAAAACUGUGUCAGAUAUGGCUCAAUCUGUUAUAUUUGAUGAGUGUGAAAUUCCAAAAGUAGAAGAUCAAAUUGAAAAACAUUUAAAAUCUGACAUGCAAGAAGAGAAGAAAGUUUCAGAUUCUGGUAAAGCAGAUAGUAAAUUACCAUCAGCAGAUGCAGUAGAAAUCAAGUCUGAAGAUGCAACUUCUGAAAUUAAAUUCGAACAAAGUAAAGCUGAUGACAAAAAAGACAGUCCAAAAAUGUCCGGCAAAUCGUCUCCAGAAAAAUUAGAAACCAAAGAAGUUCAAGAAGAACUUGCAUGCAAACUUUCUGGUAAAUCUUCUCCAGCUUUGUCAUCCGAGGUAAAAGACGUGACGAAAGAAGGAUCUGGAAAAUCAACUCCAGAUCUUAAAGAUGUCGACCAUAUUAAAGUCGAUAAUCAAGAUUCUUUAUUAUCGGGAAAGUCGUCACCAGGUCUAUCCGGUAAAUCUUCACCUAUCUUGUCUGGAAGAUCUUCACCGGGCACCAAAGCAGAAAGCAAAGAUUCAUUACUUUCAGAUAAAUCGUCACCAGAGCAUACGAAACCUGACAGCAAAGAAUCCUCUCUUUCAGAGAAAUCAUCGCCACCGUUACCAAGUGAAGUUAAACCAGAUGAAAAAGACAAAGUUUUAACCACGGAAGUAAAAGAAACUUUGUCAGCUAAAUCAUCACCAGCAGCAUCUGGAAAGACGUCGCCUGCUUUAAGUGGAGAAGUCAAGGCAGAAAGUGGAAAACUUUCACCUGAAUUAAAAGCAGACAAAGAUUCAAAAAUAAUGGAGGUUGAAACUAAGGAGGAUGAUUUAACAAAAGGAAAAGUUUCACCAGUUCCACCAACAGAUAAAGAUACACAUGAUAAAAAAAGCGGUCAAAUUUCACCUCAACAAGAUAUUAUAUCUACAUUAGAUAAAGAAAAAAUUGUUGAAGAUGAAAAAGGCAAGGAAGAGAUAAAAACAGAGAAACUGACUAUUGAACAUACUGACUCCGAAAAAGUUAGUCCUAAAGAAGAAUUGAAGGAAAUAAGCCAGAAAAGUAAAGACGUAUCUGCAGAAGUAUCAAUUCCAGAGAAAAAGACUGAAACGGAGAAAAGUAAGACACAAUCGGAAGACUCAAAGACAGUAACGACGGAAGUCGAAGAAACGAAAGAAAAAAUGGUGCCUAUAUCGGACGUUCAAGUAGCUGUGAAAGUCUCUGAAGAAAAAAAAGUGGUUGAAAAAUCCACAUCUGAUCUUUCCAAGUUAGAAACUCCGGAAGACACUAAACAUUCGGAUGAAAAAGUAGAGACUAAAGACGUAGACAGUAUUGAUUCAGGAAUAGGAACAGAAGUCGAAGCUAAAUUAAAAAAAUCAGAGGACGUUGACACACCAGCGUCAUCUGUGCAACCAGUAACAUUAAAAGAUCAAGAUAGUUCCGCCAAACCAGUGGGAACAAAAGAAGAAAGUAUAGCUGGACCUUCCGCUUCCCUACAUGAUACAUCAUUAAGCCCAGCAAAAACAUCAACCGAAGAUUUGCAUCUUAGUGGCAAAUCAACUCCCGAUAUAGCGGAAGUAGAAAAAAUGAAAGAAAUUCAAGAAAAACGCGAUAAACAUAUCCCUGGUAGUUCUACUCCACCCACAGUGCCUGUUAGUCCCAUUGUUAAAGAAUUAUCAAGUACACAACCCGAGGAAACAAAAACUUCAUCUCCAACACCAAUAAAGUCUUCAACCGUCACUUCUCUGAAAGACAGUGAUAUUAGGAGCUGUACACCUGGAAGCGAUGACUACGAAAUUGGUGCUUCUACACAUAGCGAUAUCUCUUCUGGUCAAGUAUCCAGAGCUCCCCAUUUACUAGAAAGUGAAAGAAUAGAAAGUGAUGAAGACGACGAUGUUCCAGGAUCCCCAAUGAGUGUAACGUCACAAGUAGCACAUUCUCGAUCAUCCUCACGUUACGAUUUCGAAGAUGAGAGAAUAGGCACAAAAAUGGAUCCUAUGAAUACGUCGUUCUACGGAGCUCUGCCAGAUGAGGAUGAGACUGAAUUAGAUUUUGAAAAGGCUAUGGCAGAACACCGUCAAACCCGCGGCGAAGAUUUGGUUACAUCUGCAGAAGAUUCACCAAGUUAUUUAUAUGAACUGACCAAAGCUAAAUAUUCCACAAGAAUUCCAGAACCGGAGGCAGCAAGUGGCCAGUCGCAGUUGGAUCAAAUCAAUAAAAAUGGAUCCAGCAAUGUAAUGACAGCUAGUUUUAUCGGAGAUUUACCAACAUCGACAACGGCAAGCGAAGCCAAAAAGGACGUUCUUGAUUCUUGGGGAAAACCUCUGGGUCUGCCUAGUCCUGCCCCUCCUAACGACAACAGAGGAACUCCUAAAAAGGAAAGAAAACUACCAUCAAAUGUUACAGCUAAAAAUAAGCUUAACGACGACAAGAAGAGAUCGGAAUCACCUUCUAAGUAUAAGAAUAAGAAACUUAAUCCUGUUUAUGUUGAUUUAACUUACGUACCUCAUCAUGGAAAUUCUUAUUAUUCGUAUGUAGAUUUUUUCAAACGAGUUCGAGCAAGAUACUAUGUGUUUUCUGGAAUUGAGCCUAGUAGAGAAGUUUACAAUGCCCUAUUAGAAGCUAAACAAACGUGGGAAGAUAAAGAAUUAGAAGUAACCAUCAUCCCAACUUACGAUACGGAUAUAUUAGGAUACUGGGUAGCUGAAAAUGAAGAACUUUUAACUAAGUACAAGAUAGAUUUGUCGCCUUCAGCCAGUCGCUGCACCAUAAAUUUACAAGACCAUGAAACAUCUUGCUCUGCUUAUCGUUUGGAGUUUUAAAUCGUAAACAUUUUUAGACCAACAAAAUCCCAAAACUUUAAUUCCAGCAAUAAGUAGAAUGAUUGAUUUAAUCACAACGAAUGAGAUUUCGACGAGAAGAAGGAAAAAAAGGCCAAAAUUUUAUCCUCUACAAAAGUAAACGUCCAUAUAUUUGUAAUUCGCCAAGAUAAUAUACCUUACAUCUUCCUUGUUAUUACCUCUUUGAUUAAAAAGAAAAAAAAUCUAAUUGUUAAUAAACAUAAACACAGUCUUCAUUAAAUACACUCUUCAUCUAGACUAGACUUUCGAAUUAGCUUUUUGAAAAAUUUCAAAAUUUUAGACUGGUUCAAAACGAACAAAAACAAAUUUAGGAUUUUAAAAUUAUCGAACAAAAAAUAAAAAUUAAUGUUGUUCAAGGUGCAUGUUGUCCAUUUUCACGUCAGUGUGUAGUACAAGGACGAAUGCACCGAUUUUUUGACGUUUGAUUUUUUUUCGAAAAGAGAACGUCAAUUUUGUGUGUAUAAGAAAUUUAAAUUCUAGAGUAGGUAUUUUAAAAUAAUUUGUGAGCUAUCAACAUCAAUAGCUAUAGAAUGCGAGAAAUAAUUAAAUAGUGUGCAUUAACUGAAUCUAAACGACCCAUAGACAAUCUUUUUAGAUGAUCGCUAAAUGCUCAUUUAUACUUUAUAAUAAGACCACACAACAUUCAGACUUAAGUUACGAUAAAACGUUAAUGCUUGGGCUAUAUAAUUAUUUCUUUUGCUUUAUAUGUAUUAAAAAAAACCUAUAUAUCUGAUGUGAUACCCAUAGACUUUUUGUUAGGUUUUUGAUGAAGAAUAUAGAUAAAAGACGGUUACAAGAAUCGAGGCCGUUUGUGCAUUUUUUUAUACUCCACUUGCUUUAUUGGAUAUUAUUUAUAUGCCAAAGAUAGUAUAGUUACACGCAAUAGAUUUUCUUACCUUGUAUUAACGGUGCAAAAAAUCUUUUUGAUUUUUUGAGUAAUCGUUUCCUUUCGUGGCCUACAUUAUGGAUUUAGCUUAUGAGUAUAAGGUGUGAUUGGAACGAUUUAGUGCUUUCAAUUACCUAUACCUUUUUUUUGAGUUCAGUUUGGUGUUCAUGGUUUUCUUUGUAGCCAUUUUUAUUCUCAUACAUACUCUUCGAAUCUCUUUACAGAUUUUGUAAAGCAAAUGCUAGAUGAGUUAAUAGUUUGCGAACGGUAUUAUUUUAUUUAAACAUAAUAUUUGUUCAUUGGAAGAAAUUAUUAUCAGCCUAGGAUAGUUCAGACGCCGUAUUGUCGUAGACGGGGCCAUAAAUCUCUCUGAUACCUGAGCUGAACUCAAAAAAACCAAAAUGUUCAACGUGUUCUUAAAAAAUUGGUAAUUUUGAGCUUGUACCUAGUACACAAUAAAGAUUUAUUGUUAACUAUAUAUGUAAGAUGGUGCUAACUGAAGUAUGCCUUUGGAGGAUUUUCAUAAUACUGCGAAUGUGCGACAUCUGGUGUGUGAUAAAUUAAUAAUUAAAGCAUGAAAGAUAUUUGAGAUAGUAAAUAUAUUUCUGUAUUAAACCAAACUUUAAAAAUUAUUUAUUCGUACACGUUUUAAUUAUUGUCUAUUUAUUUAUUCGUUUUAUUUAUUUAUUAACGCACAUUUUACCAGUUUGGUUUAUACCGAAAUAUAUACUUUUAAGGAAAAGUCACUUUAUACUUACGUUGAAAACAUGAAAAAUAUUGUAAUUUUAUGUGCAAGUUUCACUUUAAAUUAUCUAUAUAUUUAAAACAUAAUAUAGCUUCUAGUCAAAAAUCUGAUCCUUUAGCUUAAAAUGUUAUAAAGUUAAUAAUAUAUUCAAACGCAUUAAUGUAUGGGAUAUGUAUGAGAUUAAAAAAUUAAAAAGUAA